UAGUACAGUCUACAGCUGUAUUUACUGGCAUAACAUAUAUAUUUAUAUAAUUAACAUGUGUAAAAUGAUAAAGUUAUGUGAUGAGUGUGCGUGAAAAUGCCGCGGUGGAAGGGAGGAGGGGGGGAGGGAACCCCUCCAGGGGGGGAACAUUGGGCACCACCCAAUAAUGUGAGAAAAAGAAAAGCUUUGUUUAAGCUGCUAGAUUCUAGAAGUAUAAACUGCUGCAGAGGGUUAAAUCUUAUUCUUGGAGUUCUUCUACUUUUUCUUCCGCCAACUUCACAAGGAUCUCCUUUAAACCAGUAUAUCAGCUACUAUGAACCUGUUUACUACAACGCUAGUGAACUGGCCGGCCAGCUAUCCAGCUACAGAACACGCCGGUCAAUCCACCACAACAACCACAAUCCACAUUUUGCCUUCGAUUUCCAGGCGCACAAAAGAUUGUUCCGAUUACGCCUGGACGGAUCAGCUGAAUCCAUAUUCUCCCCUGACGUUGAAUUCACCAGCACCAGAGGGCCUGUACAGUUUCCUGUACAUAGAGUAGUACAUGGAUAUAUAGAAGAUGAUGGAGUGUCGACAGUGGAUGGUAUUGUUCAAAGCGACGGUAUUUUCGACGGGAAUAUUGAGACUCGGGAUGGAGUUUUUUACGUAGAACCAGCCUCUAGGUAUUUCAAAGAUCCCGAGUUCCCCGUUGUAAUCUACAGUGAGUCUGAUGUAAACCACCCUGUUGACGCUGCCCGUCAUGUCCCAGUCAACUCUGUGAUAUUUAAUUCGUUACCUGCACACAUUCAGCGGUCCAGCUCACAGUCUAUUCAUUCAGAUCAAAUUAGGUUAAAUUUCCAAGAUGGCGUCAGUCAUCGGACACGUGACAGUGAAAAUCCGCAAAUGUCAAACCGUUUUCUGGCGCGGGAAAACCAGAUGUUUCCAGACCUAACAAAUCAGUUAUAUGAAAAACUGGAUGACUCUGGAUCUAUUUUUAAUAGUGUAACUCAAGAAGCUCAAAAAAAUGCUUUCAACUCCAAAAUUCGGAGAUCCGCUGAUUUCGCCAAUGGUAGAACUGGAAAUCAAAUUGUAGAAAACAGAAAAACAACUUGUAUGCUCUAUCUUCAG